AUGUCAUCAAAUGGUAUGCCUACGUGCCGGAGUCCAUUGCGAGGAAAGAUUACCUGCAUACUUGGCCCGAUGUUCAGUGGCAAAACAACUGAGUUGUUGCGCAUGCAUGAUCGUCAAAUAAUCGCGAAGCGAAAAUGUGUUCUCGUGAAGUACGCCGGAGAUACGAGAUAUGAUCCUGAACUGGAUGAUUGGACAAGGUAUCACCGUGAAAGUCGUAUAACUUCAGCUUCCGAAUCCGAGGAGCAUAUUUUCAUCCGCAGUGACAACCCCUUUGUCAAAUCGAUGAAAGGACAAUUUUUCAGCGACUGUGCGGAGACGUGUGACAGGUUGGCAACAAUGGGCAAAGUGGUGUAUGUAGCAGCGUUGAGCGGCACUUUCGAACGGAAGCCAUUUCCUCAAGUAUCAUUGCUCCUGCCAUAUGCCGAUGAGAUCAAGCAAGUUGUUGCCGUGUGCAUGGGAUGCGGUUCGGAUGCGAGCUAUUCUUUCCGAAAUACUCUCGACAAAAAGGUAGGAAGUAAUUCGGGUCAGGACACUUAUCAAGCGGUGUGCCGUUCAUGCUACAUCGAGGAGUCCUGUCGACGUGAAGAGACUGCGAUAGAAACCGCAUUCAAUGGAGAAUCGAGCUGUUGCCAGUCAGUUGUGCAGAGAGGGCGAGUCCUCUGA